GGAAUAAAUCUUCUAGAAAGUAUAUUUGGAGUAGUUUCAUAAGCAGUUCAAAUACGCACUUCUUACGGAAGAUAAACCGUAGGCAAGAUUAGCUAGUGCGCUAUGUCAGCUGAGGCUGCACACAUCCUCAAAAAGAAGGAGGGAAUUUUAUCCUUAGAAAAGUUUUUGGACCGAAAGGUUGUAGCCAUUUUAGAUGAAAAAGAAGAGGUUCACGGGAUUCUCAAAGGAUUUGAUAACAACAUUAACCUAGUACUUGCGGAUGCAGAGCUGUGGGGGAAAAAUCGGAUUAUGCGCAAAAUAGGGGCCUGCGUGAUGCGUGGAGGACAUAUUGCAUCGAUUUCUUCGGGUGAUAUGGUUAUCUUGGCGUCUUCUCCAUUUUAA